UUUUAUCACAUUUAGGACAAUAUUACAGAGAGCUUCGAUUCAUACCGUCUCCAACAGCGAGAGGCUUGAGACAUUUAGUGCAUUCUAUCGUUCCGGAUUUCUCAAGUUUAACUUACAUUUUUUUGCUGUUCUAUGUUGGAAAUAUUAUUUUAAUUCAAUUUAACUAUAAUACGGAAAGUUUGUGUUAAUUGUGUCUUUCUUAUAAAUAUAUUAUUUUUUGCUUCCCAAAGUGUGUGCUGCCAUUAAUUUAAUCCGCAUUUUUAAUAACUGUGAGUUAUUGUUGUAUCGAAUCCGAGAAAAAUGGCUGAUCGAAUGCCUUCGCAAUAUUUUGAUGAUCACAUGUUUACACCAAAUAUGAACUAUCAGCGUUCAAUCAGACCCGAAAUGCCGUCAUCUCAUUACGUGUACCGUUCUACUCCGAGACAGUCAUCCUUACAGCAAAGCGAUCCGAUAUACGGGACUGGAAUUCAGCACGCUGGCACGACGUAUUUUAAUACUGGACAAAUACCCGCUCCAUACAAUCCAAAUGCUACUUUCGUUGAGCGAUCGACACCAUUCAGUGGAAGGCAUGAAUCAACCAUGCUAAAUUCCACGGCCAAUUUUAAUGACAGUGGAAUAUCGUGUACGUUGCCAGAAAACGAUACAACCAAUAUGAGCUGGUCGUUUAACAGCAGCACAUUAUCGAAUAUGCAUCGGGAAAAAUUGAGCGGCAACGGGACCGUUACACUGCAACUGAGCAAUUUGGAUACAACGUACGAACAGACAUCUUUGAAGAAAUUUUUAAUCGGCAAGCUGCAAUCGAUUGCACCAAUUUUGUCGUUUACAUUCGAGGGAGUUGUCGCUAAAAUUUGUUUGCCAUCAAUGGAAGACGCCAAACAGGUGGUAUCGUAUUUACACCGUAAGAAGGUCGGUCAUAAGAGGAUCUGCGUCUCAUAUACGAAGGAUUGUUCGUCGCUGGACCCGUCAACAUUGAAAUGUCAAGUAGCUGGCUUAUUGAAGGACAUUCCGAACUAUCGUCUGUCCAUGUACAAGUUUCGUGAAUUGUUUCAGUCCCGGUUUAAGACAUCGAUCAGCGUCGGCAAUCUGUGUGCUAUGAGCGAUAUCUGCACGAUAUCCGAUAGUGCCAAUGAGAAAUUCGUUUGCCUUCGCCCGGAAUUGAGUCAAUUGAUCGAACGCGGUGAAUUGAACGAUUGUCUGCUGCAAAGUGUUCCGUAUUGCAGCAUUCACUUCAAGAAGGGACACCGUGGAUGGGCCGAACAAGAAAUCGAACCGUUGCCGAACGUAUGGAUGAGUGUGGCCGACGUUCGGUCGGUUAUAUUUGCGCUCACGCAAAAACACUCGAAAAAUAUUCCCGUCGCCAGUUUGAUCCACUGCAUCCAAAGUGAGUUGGCUUGUAACAUCGUUCCGAACGACAAAGGCGUCAAUUUUGAACAUUUGUUGAGCUGUGUCAACGAAAUUCAGAUCACCACCAACAAGUUCGGCAUCAAAGUUUUGAAUUGGGUCACGGAUCAUAGCGAGAACAAGAAAUUGUCGGACGACACAUUCAACGCGAAGGGACAGUAUGCAAAAAAUUCCAGCCUGUCCGACGCAUACGGCCAGUUUUCCAACGAUGUCUACGAACUGUUGCAAACGUGUCCCAAGUCGACAAUGAAAUUUGCACGGUUCAUUCCCACGUAUCACAAUACAUUCAACCGGCAGUGUCGCGUAGCCGAUUAUGGUUUUGUGAAAUUGAUUGAUUUGUUCGACGCAAUACCGUUGACCGUGCAGGUGCUUGGCGAAGGAGAAAACCGUUUGAUUACACUAACCCAUAAGCGUCAAAUGCGUCGGCUGGCAGCUGAGCUGAUCAAAGUCCUCCGGACCACCAACAGCAAAUCGAUUCGUUUGUUGAACAUACCGAAAAUCCUGUCGUCCAGCCAGAAGCAUUUCGAGAUCACCGAUUUCGGCAUCUGUUACCUGAAAGAUGCGGUGGAAGAACUGUCGAAAAAUGUUGCCAUCAUAUCCGUCGAACCAUUGUCCAAUUCUGACGAUAUGUUGAUCUCACUUCCGAAGAAGCGGACACCCAAUGCCGAAGGUCGAAAAACAUCCCAGUUUGCUGCUGAAACUAUUGAACUGUUGAAGAGAUCGCCGCAGUACACGAUCGCUUACGAAAAGUUCUCCUGCAACUAUCACUACCAUUUCACCUAUCAACUUCGCUUGAACGAUUACGGGCACACCAAGCUGGCUGACAUGAUGGAAUGCCUACAGGGAAUAGUGAAGAUCGAAAUCUUCAAUGAUGAAGACCGUAAGAUCUACCUGUGUCCGAAAGUGGCACAACGUAUUUUCUCUGAGCAAUUGCGCGAUAUAACUGAACAGAUCACCGGCAAUAGCUUCACAUUCAUAAACGUUUCCAAAGUGUUGGCGCUGCAUAAGAAGAAGUUUGGCUAUCAGAUAAAACCGGAAACGCUUGGUUCGCUGGACAUCUGGAAUGGAAUUAAGGCACUGCCGUUCGUCGAGCUGAUCGUCCAGAACGAGGAGAACUACAUCAUAUGCCACCAUGAUGACAAUAAUUACAAGUUUAAAAGCCACGUAAUCGUUUUGUUGCUGGAGAGUAUGACCACGGAUUUGUUGGGCAAGAAGUAUGUCACCCUGAGCCACCUCAUUAACACGUAUUUCGAGAAAUUCGGCGAAGAGAUGAACGACAGUUUCAUCGAGUCAAUGAAUCAUUUGAUCGACAUCCAGAUUGAAAACAACGCGCACGUUGUGAGUCUGUCGAAGUUAGCGGUUUUCCUGAUGUCAAUCAUUAACACACUGAAAUUGGGACCUUCGAUGACGGUCGGCGAACUGAAGACGAAAAUUAACACGAAGAUCAACCUGACCAAUGCGUGCUUUGAAAUCGGGUAUCCCGAUUUGAAGGCAAUUAUCGAAUCGUUCGGAGACAUGUUCGUCAUUCAUUCACCUGAUGGUACCAGUGAAUGGGGUGACAGAAGUGAAAUUACUUUGAACAAAUCGAGUGUUUUCGCCAGUGAAAAACACCCCAACAUCGAUCACAACCGAAGUUUCAAGGUGCCGAUCAAGAGAUCUUUCCAGUCGACACUAAACACAACCAUUCCCUUAUCAGCCAACCGCAGCGAUAGCCAGAAUGGUAAAAGUGCAAACAGUUCGUUCGGAAGCAAUCCGCGCGUCCCACUCGGAGAGAUUGGACGAACCUCAAAUUUUCAACCUUGUGUUCGUGGAAGCUAUUCCGAAAUGCCAUUAAAGUUCAUGCGCACCAACAAUAACGAAAUGAUUCCGAACAAUUCGACCAUGGGCUUAGAGAAAGAGAACGUCAACUACUACGGCAACGAAGUCCAGUCGAACGCAUCGCCACAGAAUUUAAAAAUGAGGAAGAAAUACUCGUUGAAGCGCACACACGAUCAGCUUCCAGCCAGUCAUUUGGAUGACAUCGAAGAAAUAAUUAACAAUAAAAUAUCCACUCAGAACCUACUGUCCCAUUAUCUGGCACCACCGAAACCGGAUACUCCGGUUCAAAGCUCUAUUCCGUUCUGGUUGGACCCGAUUUGGCGCAGCAGUCCUCAAGGAUCGAAUGAACCGCUGAACAUUCCGAUUCCCGAAUUGAAAACGUUUCCGUUUCUACCAAAGCUUGAUACGCCUACGAUGAUGGCACGUUUGUCACGAGAGGGAAGAUUCAAAUUUAACGCAUAGAAGGGAAACGAUCAAUUGAUUUAAAAAGUGCACACCGAUCACACCAACACAUUAACCAAAGAUGAAAAGUGAAAAAAAAAAAAAAAAUUUAAAUUAAGCAUUGCUGGGUAGAUGGGAGUAAUUUAUUGUGAUAAAAGAAAACAAAAAAAAUAAUUUUAGGAAAUUAUCUACUAAUUUAAGAAGAAAUUGAAAUUUGUAAUCAUUGAAAUUGUAUUUUAAAGCAUAAAACUAACACAAAAUGCAUAAAGCAAAAAAGGAAAAAAAAAUAAGAAAAGAAAAUCGAAUCGUCGGUAAUACGAAGCCCGACAACCAUUUGACUAACAUUUAUUAAUUUAGGGAAAAUCAUUGUGAAAAACGAUUUAUUUAUACAAAAAAAAAAAUUCUUCAAGGAUUUAACUCUAUUAUUAAGCUGGAACACUUCUCUUUUGUAUGAAUAACGUUUAGAAUAAUUUGGAAGUUAAUUAGUUAAUUGGCGCGGGAUAAAUUGAAAAGGAUUUAUACUAACAUUAGAAUAUUAUUUAGUAAGAUUAUGGUGAUUUUGUAAUUGUUAUUUCUCUCCUCUUUAGACUUUAAGUUCAAAUCUAUUGAUCAUUUUGGUCCUACU